CUGCGACUUGUACGUUGCCAGGAGGUGCAGAGGGUAUCUGAUUUGCAAGCUCAUGUCCUCGUUGUAGCUAACUUGCUGGAAUGAUGGACUUGCCAGUUUUGGUGCAUUUUCAUGCAAUUCAAAAUCUGAGGCCACCGUCGUGUACCUUUGGCGCAGGGACACACCAUCGUCAAUUCUCCCUUGUCAUUGCUCAAUGUUUGAUCCGGAGGAAUCCCACUGCUCAAAUGUAGAGGAGCAUUGAAACACACCAUCGACCGCUGGACAAGGGUAUUCUCAAGGCAGUCUGGCAACAAUCUCUGAGCAGCAUUGCGCUCAAACCGGGGCCACAGAUUGGCUUUUGAUGGCUGGUCACUCCAUGAGAUGUCGGAGAUCCUUUCGAAGAAGGAAAAGAUAAAUGUUGGAAGGCAAGAAGACGUUUUGGACAAAUGUGCUAAGUGAUGGCUUUCCUUUCUCAAAGUUGACAAGGCUGUGGUGCUCAUGGCAAAACUGUGUGCACUUGAUACGUGGGCAGACUCCUGUCCUAAGAACCAGGCUGACAAGAAGGAAAUACUCAAUGGACUGUCGAAGGGAGAGAGCCAUGUCUUUGUGCGAGGCUGCACCAUGAGGUUGAGUGCUCAAAGCAAAAGCCAUACCUACCACAUUUGUCUUUGCCUCUCAUUCAUCCAUCCUCCUUUCCCAACUUUCUCCCAGUCCACUCGCUUCAACCAGACUUUGACAAUUCGUUGACUUUGAUGCUGUCAGCUGUCUAACAUAGUUAUUCUCCUGUCCUUCUGCCGCACCUAGGGAGACUUUGUUCACUUCUUCCAUCAGCCGCACUCGCGACAUCAUUCCCACAUAGCUACUCCCCGCGGCAUGCCUUCCUUCCCCGUCCUUCUCCAUGUCGACGACUAAUCGAUGAGCGACUUGCCAAGACUGCAAAUGAUCUGUUGUUGACAAUCUGAAUUUCAAAUAUCCUUCUGGCUCAAAUCUUUGCCCUCGUCACAACCUCACUCAUUUAUCGAUUGACAGCGGUCGUCGACUUAACGAGUUUCAAAUCGACCUACAAUUGGCGGUUCUCAGACCCGAGGACCGCAGUCAGCAAUUCUGCUUAACCUCAUCUCCGUCGAGUCCUAGUCACCGCUGAAGCCUGAACAUCUUUGGUGUCUCAUCGAGGCAUAUUGGCCAUCAUGCCGCGUGGUGGCCGCCGCAAAGCGAUGGCGCAGGACGAUGACUCUGAUGAUGGAUUGGACCCGUCACAGAUGUCACCGAACUCGAAGAAAGAGUACGACAAGAUGAUGAUCAUGAGAGAAGACCUUGGACAAGCUACUGCCGACCACAUCAAAACCAGCGACUAUCGUCGAACUCAACCUAAUGUCCCAAUCAUUCGUCAUUGUCAUGAGUCAGGCACGGAAGAAUCGAAAAUUGUUCGAGAGAACAAAGCGCAGACUAGCAAAUGGUGCACCUACGGGCAGAGUGAAGAGGCUAGACUGACUGCAUCUGGAGACCCGGUCAUUGGCUCUGGUAACAGCCACCGCCACGCAAUAAGUGCGGCUUUGGCAGCUGAAGAGAAGAGACUCGGCCACAAACUCACUCUAGAUGAUACGUAUGAUGAACGUGGAUACCGGCGCCCAAAUCCUGGUACGAAUGCUGCCCCUCAGGGUGUACGAGCGUCUCAACGACCUCCUCCACCUGUCGCUACGUCAAAUCCCAAGAAGAAAGGUGGUGGCGCUACCCAGAGUCGGCCAUGGCCACCACCAGCUUUGGAAGGCUCGCCAGCCUUGACUACAAUAAGCCAAAAAUCAUCCAGCAAAGGUUCGCCUGCUACGAAGUUUGUUGUUGGAAGCACCGCGGCUGGCCCCAAGACUGGCCCGUCCAAGAAUCAGAAGAAGAUUCCUGCUUUGACUGCGGCGACGGCCACGACUCCGAAUACCGCAGCCCGAGCACGUCCUCUUGUUGCUAAUAUGCAACAUCUAGUGGACCCAGCUACUUUCAUGUCCUCAGCUGCUCAAUUUCUGUCCGCGGCCGCAAAGCCCAAGGCUCAGGCGUCAGUCCAGGGUACAGCACCGCCAACUGCGCCAAAUGGUGCUGUCUCACAAGAUCAUACUCCAGUCACGCCCACUGCCGCUGCAGCUACAACCGAUAGCAACCAUGCCACUACGGUCCGGAAGGUGCCAGUGAGCGAGUUUUCGUUCUCGGCGAAUGCCGCACUGGCACCCAAUGAUGUUACAACACACACUGACGGUGCACCAAGUCCUGGAGGCCUGUCUGGCUUCACUCCUUCUCUCGCAAGCCAUGGACCUCCUAUAGAUGAGGAUGACAUCCAGGAGCUCACCGAUGCCCUCGUCGGGCUGGGUAUUCAUGGUGCAGGCCUUGCCACGGCCAGUUCAGCCAUGGAUAACCAGUCUCUCGGCCCAAGCAAAACCGACUUGGUGUCCCAAUCUGGUAGCUUGAUGGACUCGCCAAUCAUAGAUGACCUGGGUGGUGACGUUCUUGUGGCGGGCCAGGACAAGAAGAAUGAAGUCGUUAUCAUCAAUGGCGUCCGAUAUGUCAAGGAAUCUGCACUGUUGGCCCUCACAGAGUCUCUGAGAACCCAUGGAAAAGGUGUUGGCAAUGGUGCUCAAUCACCAACUGCCCCCAACGUCCGGAGUUCGUCUUUCCAGUCGGACUCCGGCCCCCAGCCGUUCCCUUCUUUCUUCGACGACGUAUCCAGCCUUAUGCCAGGCCCUGCUGCCAAAGCCAAUCCUUUCAGUCCACGUGAGCCUCUCAUUGCGGAGGGAGCAACACAGAUGCCUGCUCAACAGCCUGUGGCGACUGACCAACGUGGUAGCUUGACACGAGGUGAGCCGCAAACCUUGGAUCAAGCGCUGGUCGCCGCCGUCAAUCCAAGACUAGCAGUACCAGCAGCAGAGCCAACUGCUCAAGCUCCACUGGCUACUGGCGCAAGCAAAAUCACCACUUCUAGAGACACAAUCGUGUCGAAAUGGGCUGCUCCCAGUCAAUCAACCAUUCAAGUCAAACCUGUUGUGCUGCAACCAAAAUCUACCAACGGUGCAGCCCCUCCAGCAACGCAGGUGGCGAAGGUGGCAUCAGAUGCGAAACUCGCUACUUCCGCUCAGGCAAUGACAGCUGUGACUGGUCAGCACUCACCUUCUUCGAUUAUUGGUGAUCGACGAGCGUUUGGUCAUCUUUCCGAGUAUGCAGCCAACGCGCCGAUGUACGAACCUCCUCCCCCACGAACGGCACCACGGCGCAAGUAUCAUGCACCCGGUCCCGGUUAUGCCAUGCUGCUGGCCGACCUGGCUGCUGCAGGAGCGUCGUCCAAAAUCUAGACUCACAUUCCCUCUGUCGCAUCUCUGGAUCCCCAAAUCGAGAGGCCAGAGGAGGAGUUGUCAGGGGUCAUUUGGUCGUUAUGGCACAAGCAAGCUGUCAUGCCAGUGAGUGGCAUGGUCGGACCGGCAUUCAGUGGAGCUCUGUCCAGAUGUCCAGGUGGUCCCUCUAACCAACCUAAUUUUCAGCAAGCAGAAGAUUGACAGGAGUCUCGACAGUGAUAGUCUACCAUCACUGCACUCGGCUACUGUUGGCUCGAGGAAGUUCCAAAGAAUUGGAAAGUGUGUGAUUAACCGGAGAUUCCAGUCGCAGCCAUCUACGUGCGCAACUUGAGCAAGAUCAUGACCUGCCACAGAUGACUUAUGGCCAACGUCGACUUGAGAUGUUGCAGAGCACAAUCGGUUCAAACACCAAAAGGGUCCCGGAGAGCUACUAUUCUGAGCAGGCAAUGUCACCGGUCUAGGCAGGUGCGGCGGUUUAGGGUCAGUUCCAUAAAGCACCUAAUUAUGAACCAAGAUAGAUCGAGCAUGGAAACAAGGACUAGCCCGUUCAAGUGAGAAAUUUCUUCGGAGUAAUGAUCGCAAACUUCAGUCCUCGUAGAGGAGUCAACAACGUUCAUAGAUC